CAUAUUUAAUAAUAUAUAAAAUCAUUUUCAUUCUUUUUAUCAUACUGCAAUCAAAAUUUAUAUUAGAUUGUUCGGAAUUAUUAAAUAUAACUCCUGCCGUUUCAUCUAUUUUUGAUUGGUUCGAAAGAAGAUUCAGAAGCUGAUACAAAAAUGUCAACCAGAACCAAUUAACUUACGUUUGCGACUUGUUUUUGAUAUAUUUUCGUCGGACUGAAAACAGAAAACCCUUCAAUAUGAAAUAUAUUUUAACCAAGAAUCGUAAAUAUUUCGAAAUUUACCAUAUAAAAGUGGAGAAAUGCUAAGAAUGCAAUGCCUCCUCGCUUGCAACAGUUACAGGAAAAGCUUGGCAAGAUGAAGGGCAAGGCCUCUAAACGCUCGGAUGGCAGUUUUUCUGACAGCUCAAACAGUAUAGCGCGCCAGAUUUGGACUGGACCAUUGGAUAUUUAAGACUGUAAAAAAAACACCUAUGAAUAAAAGUGCAUCUUAAGAACUGUUUUGAAAUGAAACCAAUGAAAUUCAAAAACUUCACAAAGUUAUGGUACGCUGUCUCGUAUAUAAAGCCUGGAGUGGGAAAUAACAUACAUUUUAUGUGCAUACUGUGUCGUGAUUAUUUAUGAUUAAAGUAUUGUGCGGGUGCAUGAUUUAAGUGCAUUCAUUUUUAAAUUGCAAGAAAAAAAGGUGUAUGUUAAAAAUAACAACACGUUUCGCCUUGAUUUUCAUAACUGUGUAAGUGGAGCGGACUCCUUAGGUCUAAGGAACAUUUAAGUUUAGUGGAAUAUAUAACGCUUUAUACGUUAACAAUGGCAAGGAAUAAACCAAACUAUGCACGGAACAAAAAAACUGGCAACAAGGGCAAAAUGCCGCAGUACAAUUUGAAGUAUGGGCCCGAAGCAGAUGAUGAAGACAACUAUGAAGGAAGUGACAUGCACGGUCGGGCAAGUGAUAAGGGGUCGCAGGAUUCCAACUUCAGUCAGCCGUCCUCCGACCUGUCCAUAGACGAGGAAGGGGAAGCACUACGUCGAGAGACGGCAAAACAGGCCCAGGCCCAACUGGACAAGGCUCGGGGUAAGCCGGUGGCGUUUGCAGUUCGCACGAAUGUCGCAUAUGAUGGAGCCGUGGACGACAACUCGCCAGUGCCCGGUAGAACCGUGUCUUUCGCUGUAAAAGACUUCCUUCAUAUAAAAGAGAAAUUCAACAAUGACUGGUGGAUAGGUCGGCUAGUAAAGGAAGGGUGCGAUGUGGGGUUCAUACCGAGCCCCGCAAAGCUUGAGACUAUAAAACAAAACCUCGGGGGCGGACGUUCCAAGGGCAGCAAUCCUGUGAAAGCUUUCUCGUCCUCCCAGAACAUACCAGUGGAUAAUUUACGUCCAUCCAUCUCUCGAGAUUCCACCACCCCAUCCACCCCAGUAGGGCUGGAGGGGGAGAAUGGCUGUGACAGCGUUGACGACAGCGACAGUCUCGGAAACUCAGGCUCGGGAAAGAAGAGCAACCUUACACCCGCAGAUCAGAAGGGCGCGUUUCCAACCUCUGCAGGUACCAAGGAGAAACGGAAUCGGCCCUUCUUUAAAAAGUCUGAGAAUGUGCCGCCCUACGAGGUUGUGCCAUGCAUGCGACCCCUAGUCCUUAUUGGUCCAUCUCUGAAGGGUUACGAGGUUACCGACAUGAUGCAGAAGGCCCUCUUUGACUACCUGAAACACCGCUUUGAGGACAGGAUCAUCAUUACACAGGUGUCUGCUGAUAUAUCACUGGCCAAGCGCUCGCUACUCAACAAUCCUCACAAACGAGUCCUCAUGGAACGGGCAAACAGCCGGACGUCCGGGCUAGGAGAGGUACAAAAGGAGAUUGAGCGUAUUUUCGACCUGGCGCGGGUACUCAAACUGGUGGUGCUUGAUUGCGAUACUAUAAACCACCCGUCUCAGCUGGCAAAAACCUCCCUCGCACCAAUCAUUGUGUACCUGAAAAUUGGCUCACCUAAGGUGUUGGAGCGUUUAAUCAAAUCACGCGGGAAGUCCCAGAGUCGUAACAUGAACGUGCAGAAUGUGGCGGCUGAGAAGCUGGCUCAGUGCGCACCUGACAUGUUCGAUGUGAUACUGGAUGAGAACCAGCUAGAGGACGCCUGCGAGCACUUAGCAGAAUUCCUUGAGGCGUACUGGCGCGCCACCCACCCAGUUACCACCAACCCACAAUCUCCGCGCAGGGACCUACACUCACCCACUCACCUGCGCACCACCCAAGGAGCCAACCCUCACACCACUCAUCUCUCCCCGCGGUCUCAUAGCCUCGAACCGGAGCAGGACUCCCCACAUCUCCCGCGGCGCGGGCAUAGUGAAUACUCCCGCGGUAGUGAUAGACACAUAACUGGGGAAUCGUCGUCACGCGCUGAAAGACCUCAUAGCACCCAUGGUCCUCAUGGUAGUAGUAAACACGAACGGUCUCGCGGUGGCGGCGGCGGUGAUUCUCGCUCACAGACUCAGCACGCGUUUGACGAUAGUUUAGAUUAUGAUAAUAAACACGGAGGUGGAUUAGAACGGGAUUUGUCUGUGCGUAAGAACUACAGUGGCUCUGGUGGUCCCCAUAAUAGGUACAACUCGUCCCCCCAUGGCAGUCGUAGACAUGUGUCUCGUGAAGGAACCAUCGAUAUAUAGCAUGGAUUGGGCAUAGAAAUGUAACAGAUUUCCUGCUACUUUUAAGAAAUCAAAGUAAAGUGCUGAUUGAAAGUUGUGAACCUUGUGGCUUGAAAUUUUGAUGCAGUUUUUUGUUUGUGUAAAGUUACUGGUGAGAUUUUAAGUACUUGAUUUAUAUAUGAUCACGGAUAGUAACUGAAGACGUUUUUUUCUGUAAGCAGUGAAUCAUUGUUUCCAGUUAAAGUUUGGAAUGGAUGCAGCUUCAAUGUUGAAAACACAACUGUUUUUUAGAUUUAAAAGGUUGGUUGUUUUUUUUAACAAAUGUUUGUUUUGCUGCAAUGAGAUGAUAAAUAAUCGUACGGUAAUGUCAAUUUGCCUGCAGUUGAUAGACUCUUAUAUUGUUAUUCAAAUGGGUCUAGUGUAACCUUGCAAUUUAAUAGAAAUUGGUGCAGGUUAACCUGGUAUUUCAUUUCGGAUAAGUAGAAUGUAACCUCUGUUGUGAUACACUAUGGUGUAGUGUACCCUGGUAUUUCAGAACGAUGGGUCUUGUAUCAUUUAAACUGGCAUUUGCAUAAAAAUGGGUGUAGUGUUACCCUGAAUUUAAUUAAGAUUGUUGGAGUGUAACCUACAUUGUUUUACAUAGCAUUGUGUGGAUUUUAACCCCUGUGUACUCGGCCAACUGUUAGUGACCACUCCUCCUGAAGGUGGGACUUGUGGCUUGAAAGUUUGACUGGAAAAUCAAAGUCUGUUUUUGUUUUGUAAUUUAUUAAUACUUGUCUUUCAUGAUUGUUUCUUUCAAAGAUUUUAUCGACAUGCACGUUUUUUUGUGACCUAUAGAGCGCUGUAAAUAUUAAAUUUGAUGAUGUUUGCACUUUAGGUUGUGAGGCAUAUAUGUUAUUGCGUGUUAAAAUGGUUACCGCUUAAAGAGACUGAACUUUCACCUUGUUGCCAUGCAUGGUUUAUUUGCCUCGUCAAGGCAUCGACUACUUCCAUCGACAGCACUUGCUUGUAGCAACCAUCCCUUUUAUAGCUUUGCAUGCUGGGAAAAAUGUCGUCUGCUAAAAUGUCGUCUGCUGAAUUUCUAAAAUUAGCAUUUUCUUCGAUUUUUUUCAAAGAAUACUAUAAAAAUAGCAAACAGUUUGGAUCCUUAUGAGACGCCACAUUCUGUGGCGUCUCAUUAGGAUCCAAACUGUUUGCAAAGGCCUUCAAAAUUCGGUUCCAGCACUGAAAGAGUUAUAGCUUUUUCUGUUAGCAGUUAUUCUUCCAGCAUUUAUAUAUGUUUCUACCACUGAGAUCGUUAUUGUAUGCAUAUUUAUUCACCAAUAGUGUUUACAUUUAACCCAUUUAAGCCUAGUGGACUCACCCAUCCUUCUAAAUUGGAUCAAUUUAUUUCCAAAAUUAGGGAUGUCUAGUAUAUUUAUUUCUAUAUUUAGAAUAUUAAUUCCUUUAAGCAAACAGCGCAGACCCAGAUGAGACGCCGCAUCAUGCGGCAUCUCAUCUGGGUCUACGCUGUUUGCCAAGGCCUUUUUUCUAGACGCUAGGCAUAAAUGGGUUAAUGCUGUUGAGUUUUUAUUCACUGGUUUACUUUAUUGAUGGCAUUUAAAUGUCAGUUUUCUGACCUUUGCUAGAACAGUUUGCUUGUGUGGACAAUUCUUCAGACUUAAAUAAUUGUGAAUACUUUGCAUUUAUGAUUUUAAAAAUAAUGUACGGUAUUUUUGCUUUCAUCUAGGGGUAGGUAUAAUUUAAUUUCUAAACCAUGAUAAUAACAAGCUUGCAAAGAAGUAAAUAAAUAAACAGCUGUAAAAUAUAUUUGGCUGCCUCUUGUUAAUAAUUGUAAUCUUAUUAUACCAAUUCUUAAAUUUUUAUGUCCCCCACCACUAUAGUGGGAGACAUAUUGUGUUUGCCCUGUCUGUUGGUUUGUUUGGGUGUUUGUUUGUGUGUUUGCGUCAAACUUUAACAUUUGCAAUAACCUUUGCAAUAUUGAAGAUAGCAACUUGAUAUUUGGCAUGCAUGUGUAUCUUAUGGAGCUGCACAUUUUGAGUGGUGAAAGGUCAAGGUCAUCCUUCAAGAUCAAAGGUCAAAUAUACAGCUUCAAAGCGGCGCAAAAGGGGACAUAGUGUUUCUGACAAAAACAUAUCUUGUUGCUUUUAAAAUUAAAUGGUUUCAAAUAAAAUGGUUGGUGUUAAAAUAAAAUGUUAGCUGUACAAAUAAUUGUCAGUCAGUAGAAAUUUGUGAAGAAAAAUUUGUAAAUGGUUGCUGGUAAAAUGGUUGCAAAUAAAAUGGUUGCUGUUGAAAUAAAUUGGUUGCAAAUAAAAUGGUUGAUAAAAUGGUUGCUGUUAAAAUAAUUGUCAGUCAGUGGACAUUUGUGAUUAUUCUGAUAGUCUUUGAACUAACUAUACUAGUUGUGCUAUUUUAUUUAUUCUUGAAAUUAUUUAUUUCAUCAAGCUUUAAUGCUGAUGUUUUUAUGUGUUGUUUUUUUUGUACGCAAUAUUUUUCUUCGAUUAAAAAAAAUGUCCAUUAACUUUAAUGUAAAAGAGAGACAAAUUGUUUAGCACUUAUGUGUUUGUUUCAUAACUGUGAAAUCAUUUAACUUGCAUGUCAUGCAAUUUUUUGCCAAAUUGCAAAUCACGGCAAAAUAGAAUUAUUUGACUGUUAAACUAUCUACCAAUAUUUGUAUUCAUGAUUUUUUUUACUAUGGAAGUGUUCUUUCUUAGUUCUGCCUUUUCUAGUUCUGUGCAAUGAAAUCCUGAUGUGAUUGUAAGAGAUUAAUUAAAUGUUUGUGCAAUUAGUUUUUUCAUAUUAAAUGGUGUUUUGAGUGCAAUUUUUGUAUCUGAUAAUGAAAUAUACAGCAGGCACGAUAGUUUCAUGCUGAUUACUUGUUACUGAUGACUGUGUUUGUGUGAUUGCUGUUAGAUUUUCAUAGCCUUUUGUAAUUGAGCUGCACUGUAGGAAAACAGGGCUUAAUGCAUGUGUGUAAAAUAUUGUCCCAUAUUAACCUGUGCAGUCCACACAGGCUUAUCUAUCUUGGAUGACACUAUUCGCCUUGACUGUAUUAUUUUUCAGAAGAUGCUUUCUUUGAACAUAAAAUUCCGAAAUAGCUGUGUCUGCCCUGAUAAGCCUGCGCGGACUGCAGAGGCUAACCUGGAACGACAUUUUACGUACAGCGAUAUUCUUUGUCCAAUUGGGAAAAGUACCCGUACCGGUCCAAUUGGGAAAAAUUGAGUCGUGAAAACCUCAAAUUUGGGAAAAAGCGAGUCGUGAAAACCUCAAAUUGGGAAAUUGGUUUAUUUGAUUUUUUGCUCCUGAAUACUUAAAAAUUGAAAACCAAGUGUUUUCAAGCUGUCAAUAUUAUAUUUACCUAGGUUCAAGCCAUAUAAGUGCAAAGGGAAACUAACUCAAUGUUGCCUUUUCAACAAAAAAAAAAUGAAGAUUUUUUUUACCUUAAAUUCGGAAUUUUUUGGACAGCAAUUGGGAAAUUUGUAUUUUUUUCGUAAUUGGGAAAGUGCCGUUAACCGGUACUUUAUAAAGAAGGAAAAAAAUCGUGAAUGCAUUUAGCCCCAGUUUGCCUAGAGUGCAGCUGAAAUCAAUCAUGUGGAAAACAUCCGAUGCUAGGGCCCUUUGAAGCAUAGUGGUACUGCUAUUGCCUACGCCCUGUCAAAUCUUAGAUUGUUGAAUCACGAAAAUUAACGAGCCCUUUGAAUAGUAAUGACACAGAAUGUCAUGUCUAGAUAAAAAUAAUUGCUACUGUCCCCUACCAGUUUCACUGGAGGGGACUUAUGGUUUUCGCACUAUGUGUCUGUCUCUCUGUGAGUCUUUCUGUCACAUUUUUCUGGAUCCUGCGAUAACUUUAAAAGUUCUGCAUAUUUUUCAUGAAAAUUGAAACAGGGAUAGCUGGCAAUAUGGACAUUAUGCACAUCAUUUCAUUUUGUUCACAUGUCAAAAAUUCUGGUUUCUAUGGCAACAAAUAUAUAUAUACAGGGUUGUGAUUUUUCCGCAGAUCCGCGGAUUUCCGCGAAUCGGGUUGUCCCGGAUGUCACUUCUGAGAUUUGCGUAAAUUCGUUAUAAAAAAUGUGGGGGAGAGGGGCUACCACCGAUUCCGCGGACGUAUUUCAUAAGCGGCCCGAAAUAUCCGCGGCCCGCGAAAUCUCUCCGUAUUUUACACUGGUAGAUUCUGCCUAAGCAUUUUUAAAACGAGCCAUAUAAUUGGCUGUCGUUUCCCAAUCUUCCAAUUAAAAUCGUGUUCUUAAAAUGCGCUCUGUGAUUUGUUUGCAAAUAGCGCCGUUGUGAAGAGAAAAUUAAAAUUAUUGAAAUAACAAAUAGCAAUCGAAUAAACGACUGACAUCACCUAGUCUGAUAUUGUGUCACGGAAACCAGUGUUUGCAAAUUGGAAUGUAGUCUACUUGCGAAGUAAAACAAUUUAGAGAGUAUCGUUCGAAAAUGGAAAUAGACAAACAUGAUUUGAUUUUUAUAUGUCUGUGGGUCUGUGUAUAAUCAGAUUCAUAUGCAUAUUCUGCUUUAUUAUGUUUGUCACGCUGUUCAGUUAACUGAAAUAGCUUUGAACUGAGUGAAGAUGUGAAAUGCAAGAUAUUGAAAGGUAAACAGAUUAAAUAUAUUAAUUUAACUCAGUUAAUACAUCAUUAACACCAGAAGAACAUUGAGCGUGUUUGUUUAUAUUUAGUCUAUUAACUGUCAUUCAAUACAUUGAAAAACUGCUGCUAUUGAUCACAAUAAAUACUUAACUGUUUACUUUGCAUCCUCAGUAUGUUAAAUGUGAAGUUAAACAGGUUUUGAUAAAGAAAUAUUGUUAUGAAGUUCAAAAAGUUGUUUAUUUUAAUGUCUGUUUUUAUGUUUGUCAUUGCGUUAUGCGCGCCAUUCGCGUAGUCAAAAUCAGUCAACAGAAUUUUCCUCCCCUCUGACUUUGUCUCAAUCACACCCCUGAUAUAUAUAUAUAUAUAUAUAUAAAUUAUUUAAAAAAAUCUGACAAUGGUGGAGCCGGUAGGGGACAUAUAUUGCUUGGCAAUAGGCUUGUUUAUCAUGAUUGUUUAUGGGCUAUGAUGUUUUAUUAACAGGCACAUAUGCAUUCAAAAGUUCAAGUUUUCAACCUUGUGUUUAAAAUUCCUACUUCUGAGUAUGCCAAAUAAUUGUUUAUUAGUCAAUUAACAACUUUAAAUACAUGACAGUCAUAUAAAUUAUAAUCGUUCAUUUGUAAGGAGCAAACAGAAAACUUCACUCUCUGUUAUGCACGUUUACCACUUUAUUGUUUUAUUGUGUCCCAACUUGUGGAUGUCAUUUUUUUCUGUGUGUGUCCAAAUAAAUAACUUGUUUUGGCAAUAUUUAGUAUACAUAGUAACGUAUCCCAGGGUAUCCUAAAAUACCUAUUUCUUGUUAACGUGUGACGUAUAUACUGAUAUUUAUAUUGCUCAUUUUGGUACUUUUUCAGUACAUCGUUUUAAAGGAAUUUAUUUGCAGAAUGACUGACAAUUUUUCAAAUUUUAUACUUUGAUCUGAUUUGUUGACAAAUUAAAUUGUUCAUUCCUGAUCAUCAUUUUGUCAAAAAAAAAUAAUUUGUUUUCAGUAGGAAAAUAAAGGCCAAAACGACCCAGUACAAACCAUAACAAGUUUCAUUGGUUUCAACAUAAAAAUUACUAGCUUUAUUUUAGCACAAAUACAUUUAAAUAAGAUAAGUUUAUUGUUUUUUAACAUGUUUUUUGACUAUGAAACUGAACAUUUCUAACAAAAAUUAUUUCAUCUUUAUUCUCAUAGCAUGUUUGCCUGUGCAUAUUUUUGUUAAAAUCAUCAUACAUCAUUUUAUUACUGCUUUUCAAGUGGCAAAACAGUGAAUUUGCAACAUACGCUAUCUUAUGACCCCAUUUCUGGUUGUCAUGAGAUACUGUUGUUACCGUAGUGACCACACACCCAACUCCGUAGGCACAACUGACCAGACAGAUUGUCCAGUCCUGACCUUUCUGCACCGCAAUAAGCUUUGUGUAUAAUAUCUUCGAAGUUUGAGUCGUGUUUGGGGAAAACUGGGCUUAACACAGGUGAAUAAAACGUCAUCCUAGAUAAGCCCUUUUGCAGUCCGCACAUGACAAAAGUGUCAUCCUCGAUUGCGCAGGCUAAUCUGCGUUGACAUGCAUUAAUCCCAGUUUUCUUAGAACGGGGCUUGUUUUUACUCCAGGUCUUUUUUCCAUGAGCAUGUUAUUGAACUAUUCAUUUACUUGUGUUAAGUAAAUUGUAUAUAUAAAAUAAAUACGUUUUUAACUCCUAUCCACAA